AUGAUCAGUCGGAUGAUGACUAGAUUUGUGCUCAUCAUUCUCUUUAUAGCAGCAGAAAUCACCAGAAGCAAGUUUAAUGAUAUUCGUGAUGCUGAAAUAAAUCGACUUUUGAAGAAACUUAACAAACCUGCUCUUAAAUCAAUUAAGUUAAUUAAAUUUAGUCCAGACGAAGAUAUAAUAGAUUGUGUUCAUAUGAAAAAUCAUCCAAUUUAUGACCAUCCUUUAUUCAAAAAUCAUACCAUUCAGAUGAGACCAAGUUCUUAUCCAAAAGAAUGGAACAAUAAAUCUUCAGACACCGAAAAACAGAAUACGGUGAUUCAACUUUGGACAAUUAAUGGAAAAUGUCCGAAAAACAGCAUUCCAAUUAGAAGAACAAAAAGAGAAGAUAUUUUACGAGUAGGAUCAAUUGAAAGAUAUAUGAAAAAAGAUUCUAACAACAUCCCUCAAUCUAAACCAACCUAUUCAACUAAUGACAAUGUCACGCAUGAGCCUUAUGUACAAACGCCAAGAGAAUUUAGCCUAGCACAAAUAUGGCUUCUGGCUGGCCCUAAUAAUUCUCAACUUAAUUCCAUUGAAUUUGGUUGGCAGGUGUAUGAAGGUAAAUAUGGUGAUGCAAACCCUAGAUAUUUUGUUUACUGGACUAAAGAUGGGUACAAUGAAACAGGCUGCUAUAAUCUUGAAUGUGACGGUUUUGUUCCUGUCAACCAAGAAUUUGCUCUAGGUGCAGCCGUUCAUGCCGUUUCCACCUUAGGUGGUCAACAAGCGCAAUUUUCCACAACUAUAUGGAAGGAUCCUCAUUCAGGACACUGGUGGUUAAGAGUUAAUAAUCAUAUAAUUGUUGGGUAUUGGCCUUCCACAUUGUUCAACCAUCUAGAAAACAGUGCGACUGAAGUUCAAUGGGGAGGCGAAAUCAUAUAUCCUAAGAAUAGUUUACUACACACAACGACGCAAAUGGGGAGUGGAAAUUAUGCACAAGAAGGAUGGAAAAAAGCUAGUUAUUUCAGAAAUCUUGAGAUAGUUGAUGAUAACAAUAUUCUAAGACCACCAACGGGAACUGCUUAUCUAUAUAUGACUAAAGAGAAUUGUUACAAUGUUGUUUCUGGCAGUCAUGAUGUUUGGGGAUUAUAUUUUUAUUAUGGUGGUCCUGGUCGAAAUCGUAAUUGUAUAUAA